CCAAAAUGGCCGAGGCUGCCGCACUACGUUAUUGCCGGCGAGGCGGAGCGAGCGGGGUUACCGCCUCACGGCGAUUGGCCCUUCGCGCUCCCCGUCCGCCGCUCCGCUCUCAUGGCAACAGGCGGGGAGCGGGGGGCGGCAGGGGCACGGGCGAGGCGAGAGAGGAGGGAUGGAGGGGAAGGCCGGGGGAACCCGCCGAAGGGCUGCGGCAAGGGGGAGGGGGAGGAGGGGGUGCCCUCCCCGCCGAAGAGCCGCAGGGCGGCCAGCCCGCCGGGGCGCAGCCGGGGGAAGGGGAGCCGUCCGCCGCGGGGCGGGAGCGGUGCCGCCGCGGUGCCGGCCCGCAGGGCCCGGCCGGGCGGACGGCGCGGGGCAGGGGGCGGCGGGCCCAGGGCCGGCGCGGAGGGGAGGAGGGGGGCCGCGCCGGCCGGCGGCCCCGCGUCACGGUGGACAGCUCCAAGGCCAAGACCUCGCUGGAGGCGCUGAAGAUCAGCCUGCGGCAGCUCCGCUGGAAGGAGUUUCCUUUUGGCAGACGCUUGCCGUGCGAUAUCUAUUGGCAUGGGGUAUCAUUUCAUGAUAAUGAUAUAUUCUCAGGUCAAGUCAACAAGUUUCCAGGCAUGACAGAGAUGGUACGUAAAAUUACACUGAGUCGGGCAGUGCGAACAAUGCAAGAUCUAUUUCCUCUUGAAUAUAACUUCUAUCCUCGAUCCUGGAUUCUGCCAGAAGAAUUUCCCCUCUUUGUGGCUGAGGUUCGUAUGAUGAAAGACAGUGAUCCAUCCUGGAAGCCCACUUUUAUUGUAAAACCUGAUGGAGGGUGCCAGGGGGAUGGAAUCUACCUCAUUAAAGACCCAAGUGACAUCAGACUGACGGGAAGCAUCCAGAGCCGGCCAGCUGUGGUCCAAGAAUAUAUUUGCAAACCACUGCUUGUCGACAAACUGAAAUUUGAUAUUCGUCUUUAUGUCUUACUGAAAUCUUUAGAACCCUUAGAGAUUUAUAUAGCCAAAGAUGGACUUUCUAGAUUUUGUACAGAGCCCUAUCAAGAACCCACUUUAAAAAAUUUGCACCAGGUUUUUAUGCACUUAACCAACUAUUCACUAAAUAUCCAUAGUGGGAAUUUCAUCCAUUCUGACAAUGUAAACACUGGCAGCAAGAGGACUUUUUCAAGCAUUCUGUGCAGACUGUCUUCCAGAGGAGCUGAUGUCAAAAAGCUGUGGUCAGAUAUAAUUUCACUGGUGAUUAAAACAAUUAUUGCACUGACACCAGAACUGAAAGUUUACUAUCAGUCUGACAUACCAGUAGGAAAGCCUGGGCCAACUUGCUUCCAGAUUUUAGGGUUUGACAUUCUCCUGAUGAAAAACUUGAAGCCCAUGUUACUAGAAGUAAAUGCAAACCCCAGCAUGAGGAUAGAACAUGAACAAGAGCUUUCUCCUGGAGUAUUUGAAAAUGUCCCAAGCCCUGUUGAUGAAGAAGUGAAAGUAGCUGUUAUCAGAGACACUCUUCGUCUAGUGGACCCUCAGAAAAAAAAGAGAAAAGAUAGCCAGUGUCAGACUUUGGAGCAUGUGUCAGAAGCAAACGAAGAGCUGUUGGACGCGGGACCGGCAGACAGACCAGAAUACGAUACCACCAAAAGCCCAGAGGCUGGCCUCCCCUCCCUUUGUCUCAAGCAAGUGUUUCCCAAGUACGCGAAGCAGUUCAACUACCUGCGACUUGUGGACAGAGUGGCUGCACUGUUUAUCCGAUUUCUUGGUGUAAAAGGGACAAAAAAGUUGGGGCCAACAGGUUUCCGAACAUUUAUAAGAAACUGCAAAUUGAGUAACAGCAAUUUUUCAAUGGCUUCUGUAGAUAUCUUAUAUAUUGAUAUCACAAGAAGGUGGAACAGCAUGGGAAUCGACCACAAAGAAUCGGGAAUGUGUUUGCAAGCCUUUGUCGAAGCUUUCUUCUGUCUGGCUCAGAAAAAAUAUAAAUCCCUCCCACUUCACGAGCAAGUGGCAUCGCUAAUUCAUUUUUGUGAGUAUCAUCUGGCUGCCCUGGAUGAAAAGCGCCUGGUUUGUGGCCGCGCAAUCGUGGACCGCCGAAGUGCAGUAGUUCCUUGUCAGGCAGAUGGACUUCACCUUACACCAGCUGCAUAUACACCCCUCCUGAAUCGCACGGCCACGGUGAGUAAAUUUGCAGAUUAUAGAAGUCAUCGCUAUUAAUGGUGCUAAUUCACCAGGACAGAACUGAGAAUUAAUUCCCAGGUACGUGCGUGUACUGCAGAAGGAGAGACAGACUCUUGAAUUCCUUCAUCUGAUAGUUGCAAUUAUUUAUUUCAGCUUUUUUUAUUUACGCUCUUCAAAAAGUCUACUGCAAGAUCCCAUUCUCAAAUAAUGAUCCUGGCAAUGGCUAUUUAUUUACCUCUCUGUUGGACCUACAGUACACCUCAUGUGACAAACUGUGCUUUCAUCCCAAGUGUAUAGAAAACCAUGUGUGAAGACAAGGACCAAAAUACAGUGGGAUGAUAACCAGCGUCAUGGGAUUAGUUGCACUGAUCGAGAGGCACACUCAUAUCAAAGGAAUUUUGUUGCUUUGUAUGCACUGGAGGUAUCAUGGAAACCAAGUAAGGAGCUGCAGUCUCAAAUACCAGUUGUGGACUUUGGAAAACUGAAACCUGGAAUUAUGUUUGUGGUCAGACUUCAGGUUUUGACCCUCUCCUUUCAGUGGCUUGGACUGCACAUGUUGGAAUCAAUGCAGAUUUGGUCAUUGUCUAUGUACUUAUUUUUUUAAAGUCAGUCUUAAAACACUGAAAUCCCAUUUUGGCUUCUACUGCUUUGUACACGUCUUUGCCAUGACAAGUACUGUUAAUUUUUUAAAGAAAAACUAAAGAUGUUUAUCCUUUUGCUUCCACAGAACCAAUAAGCUCACACUUAUUCACAGAAAAUUUGACUUAAUGAAGUAAAUUUUUUCUGUGAAUCAAGUGGUGGUUUUGUCUUCAGGUACUAAGCACUGCUUCUGCAAAAAGCUUUACACUGUAAAGGCCUAAGAGUUCAUUUAAAUUCCAGUGAAACCAAUCCUGUCACUGACUUUAGGCUAACUUCUAGGUUUGCUUAUUUUUUGCCUUUUGUAUGUUUGUUACCCUAUUUGGACCUGCAGUAACACCUAGAGCAGAUUUUUUUUUUUGUCUUUGCACACAUUCUUCAUUUUUUUCCCCUUAAAUAACAGUAUAACUCUGUACAAAUUAGAUCUAUAUUAUUUAACAGGAUAUUUUGUCAAGAAUGCUGGGCUAUACCACUGGAGUUGUACAGAGUAGUCUUAUUUUUCAAGAAAUGAACGAUGACUUCCAUAAUCACACUCUUCCUGGGGGGUGGCUACACAGAACAUGAGACUGGCUGAAAGGACAGGAAUAACUUGGAACUUCAGGGCUGUUCAGUCAAAUUCUUUUUGGUCUGAUAUUUUAUUACAAUAAUGUAUGUCUACAUCCAAGUUUGAUUUUUCCUCCUUUGUUCUAUUUUGUAAUGUUAAUGAGUCUGCUGGUGUUCUAGUGUUCCUCAUACUGUCAAAAAUCGCAAAGCUGUAAGAUGGGACAGGGUCUGGGCAUUUAGCUUUGGAUUGGAGAAAAUUACCUGAGCUCCAUGUCAAAAUGUUCCAAUGGCUGGUGUGUCAGAAACGUGACCUUGGAAGCACAUUGUCAGUGCAGAGGGAGUCCACUCAUUUAAAGUCAUGGACAAAAUGCACGCAUGGUAUCGAGUGAGUUCUCACUUCAGGAAAAGUUUAGAGUUUCUUUUCUGAUAUUAGUUUUAAGCAGCAUGCAUUUUUCCUAAGUGGCAAUCAGCAGCAUGGCAAUACAAUGCAGAAGUCAAGCUGAGCCCACAAGAAACUAAUACCUAGCAUGUGUUAAUAUCGGAUGUGGGCAUCCCUUCUUCUUUUUGUCUUUUUCUGUAACACCAGUAAGAGUAGUAGUAGAUGAUCUUUUUUAGUUCAACGGUUAGAAUGUUUGAAAUUUUAUGUAUUGUACGUAAGAGGACAAUUGUAGACUAAUGCCGCUGCCCUCAGCCUUGUUUAAGUUUCAUAAAGAUUAUUGCAGUAUGAAGAUAAAAUGCCAAACUCCAAGGUCUGGCAUCUGUCAGAACAAAUGAAGCUGAAAGGGUCAUUUUUUUCACACUUUCAUUGUAAUAUAUUUGAAGACAUUCACAAGUUGAAAAAUGGUUACUUCUCAUUUUGUGACAUCUGACAUUUGUCUUGCGAUUGGCAGUGUGUUACUAGAAAAUAGCUUACAGUUUCUCUCAUCUUGUGAUUGAUGUCCUGUAAAGACAGAGCUACAGAAGAGUCGGAUUUGAAAUGCUACAACUGCGAAUGCUUUUCCUUACAGCUUUCAAGUGGUACAAUCUAUGGCCUAAAAUAUCCAGGUUUUGCUAUUGUAUAAGUUACCCUGCUAUCAGUGGAAUAAAUUAACUAUUGUAUAUAAUGAA